AUGGCGCAGCAAGGAUUUCAGUUUGACAGGAAAGCACUCAGCUGUUCGAUUUGUCUGGAUCUAAUGAAAGAUCCGGUGACUAUUCCUUGUGGACACAACUACUGCAUGAACUGCAUUAAGAUCCACUGGGAUGGAGAAGAUCAAAAGCAUAUCUACAGCUGUCCUCAGUGCCGACAGACGUUCGGACCGAGGCCUGACCUGAAGAAAAACACCAUGUUCGCUGAGCUAGUGGACGAAGUGCAGAAGAUGGGACUCCAGUCUGCUCCAGAGGAUAUCUACAUCACUGGACGUGGACACGUUUCGUGUGAUUUCUGCGUUGGGAGAAAAUUGAAUGCUGUCAAGUCCUGUCUGCAGUGUCUGGUCUCUUACUGUGAGAAACACGUCCAGCCUCACUAUCAAUCUCCCGCAUUUAAAAAUCACACGCUGGUCAAUCCGUCCAAGAAGCUUCAGGAGAACAUCUGCUCUCGCCACGACACAGUUCCAGCUACAACAGAAAGAACUGAGAAGCAAAAAGAGCUGAAGAUAGUUUGUGAAAAAAUCCAACAAAGAAUCAAGGACAGACAGGCAGAUGUGACGGUGCUGCAGCAGGAGGUGGAAGCCAUCAAUCAAUCUGCUGAUACAGCUGUCAGGGACACUGACAAGAUCUUCAAUGAGAUGAUUUCUUUCAUCAACAAUACAAGGUUUAAUGUGAAGCAGCAGAUCAGAUGUCAGCAGGAAACUGAAGUAAGUCGGGCCAAAGAUCUUUUGGAAAAGCUGCAGGACGAGAUCACCGAACUGGAAAGAAAAGAUGCUGAACUGGAGCAACUCUGCAAUAAUAAGGACGACUGCCAGUUCCUGCACAUGUUCCCCUCGACUUCAGGACUCAGUGAAACACAGUGGCCUCGCCCUGAACCCCGUCACCUGCAGUACUUUGACAGUGUAUCAACAGCUGUGUCAGAACUGAAUAGUAAACUACAGAGGUUUCUGUGUGAGGAAAUGCCAAAACUUUCAAAGAUAAUCACUGCAGUGGAUGUUUUAUUGCCACAAAUGGAACCCACAACCAGAGAAGAAUUCUUAAAGUACUCAUGUAAACUCACACUGGAUCCAAACACAGCAAACGUGCACUUGUUAUUAUCUGAAGGGAACAGAAAAGCAACGUAUACGAGUAAAAAACAGGCAUAUCCAAGUCACCGGGACAGAUUCAUGACCAAGUCUCAAGUCCUGAGUAGAGAAGCUCUGACUGGACGUCAUUACUGGGAGGUGGAGUGGAGCGGGUCAGGUAUUAUUGUAGGCGUCGCAUACAAAGAUAUAAGCAGAACAGGAGACAGCAGUGAGUUUGGGAACAAUGACAAGUCUUGGGCAUUAAGGUGUGCCCAUAAAAAAUUCAAAUUCAGUCAUAAUACAGAGUCCAAAUCCAUUUCAUGUCGUGCAUCCACCAGAAUCGGAGUGUAUCUGGAUCACAAUGCAGGUAUUCUGUCCUUCUACAGCAUCUCUGACUCCAUGACUCUCCUCCACAGAGUCAGGACCACAUUUACUCGACCGCUACAUGUUGGACUUCGGGCUUAUCAUUUCAUAGGUUCAGAAUCCUCAGCUAAGAUCUGUGAGCUGAACUAA